UAAUAAUUUUCUAUUAUCUUUGAAUAACAUCGUUGACUAGAAGGAACAACACAUCCAAUCUAUUCCUUCCUUCCGUUUCCUCCCAACCAUAAACUCAUCUUUUCUCCGUUCUUCCUUGUUCCUCCUCCCAAUCUCCACCCCUUCUCCUUCACCCGCCACGCCUGCAGGCUCCUUCUCCUUCACUCACCGUCUUGCCUGGUAUUGUCCAAUUCCUGCUCUGGGUCCUAAGCUCGAAGUCGUGGCUUUCCUUCUAUGGUCUUGUUCGAAACAUAGCAGCAGAUUUACCUUGUCGGGCUUUGUGUGAGUAAAGCAGUCGCCUGCUUUUGACGUCGGGUUGUUUGAAUCUGUAAAUUUAUUGAUGAGAAGUGUUGGGCAAAAAGCGUCUGCUUUGCUUGAGGAUUUGGCGGGUUAUCUUCUUUCAGUUGUCUUUGUUUAAAGGGAUCCGUGGAGCAGCAGCUUUUGUACCUUAGUUUCUCUAAAUUCCACAUGGGAUUGAGUCUGCCCUAUUUCCAGAUCCCAAAUUGGUUGCAAUUUCAAAACCCUAGCCUUUGUCCUAUGUAGUAUGUACAUGGUUGUUGGUUGUGGCAACGGCGUUGUUGUUGUUGUUGUUGUAGUUCUAGACUUGUAGUCAUUCCAAUAAUUCAUCCUGUUCCUCAAGACCUUAAGUUCGGGCUUCAUUGAAACCUUCGUAAUAAGGAUAUUAUUGGAAAACUUGGCCCCGGUUUUUAGGGUUUCAAACUCUACACUUCCUGUUUUAAGUUUUUGUCAUUGUUGUGGAAGCCAUACCUGCUCUUUCAUCUCGGGGAGGAAAGGAGUCUUUCACGACGGAGCCUAAGAUCAAGUGAUUAUCUUGAUUUCUACUGUGAAAAGAGCCCCCUUAAAGAUUUGAGCAUGAGUCGAUCCUCUUCGCGAAGCGAUUAUUACAAACCUGAUGGUGUGAGGAAGCGGUUAGUGACAACUUCAUCUCCCUCCAGCAGGUAUGAUCAGGAUAAAUCUAUUGAUGCCGAUGGUCGAGACAACUUGAGGUUGGUACGCAAGCGUACUGAUUACGAUUAUGAUAGCUUCGAUAGAAGGAAAGGAUUGGGUUCUGGGUUUGAUAGGUAUGCAGGUAGAGAAGGCUACAACAGUGGAGGAGGUGGUAGCAGUAGUUGUGGAGUUAGUGCUGAUCGAACCAUUCAUCGAUCAGAGAGUUUCUCAGGGUCCCGGAGGGAGUUCCCCAAAGGAUUUAGGUCAGAGAGGGACCGCUCCCGAAGAGAAGGGAGUGUGUCUUCAUGGAGGAGGUUUGGCAGUGAGAGCAAGGAUUUUGGGGAGGGCAGAGGGAGCAGAAUUGGGAAUGAGGAGAGAAUGGCUUCUGCAGCUAGGUUUUCUCCUAAAGGUUUGAGGGAGAUCAAGUCGCCAACUUGGUCUCGAGACUCAGGUAGCGAGCAGUCAAAGAUAUUCAGGGGCAGCGAUAGGGAUGAAGGAAAGGGCAGGUCUUCAACUUCUAAGUCGAGGUCAUCCCCUACAUGGUCAAAAGAGUCAGGCAGUGAACAAUCAAAAAGUGUGGAGGCGGGGAAGAAGAGUGUUGAAGUUGAGGCAAUAAGUGCUGAAGUUGGAACACGGAGUGUUGAAGUGGAGAGGUGGAAUGUUGAAAUGGAGGUAAAGAGUAUCCAGACUCGCAGCAGCACUGAGAUGGAGGAAGGUGAGCUUGAGCCAGAGCGUGACUCGAAUCAGGAGGUUGUACAUGAAGAUGAGAAUGGAGUUGAAAAGCUACGAGUAAAUGAUGCCAAGUCGGAUGUGGAGGUUGACACUGGAGUGAAUGAACGAGAGGAUGAAGUAGCCAAAACUGAUGAGCCACAGAAAGCUAGUAUGCCUGAGAUGAAUGAUGUGGAUAAGGCAGGUGUCAAGAUGUCAAAUCACGAGAGCAAUGUGAAGAAGGAAAACAGCCUUUAUGUUGAUGGGCUCAAAGGUGAGGUUUCUGAAGGAACUGAGGAUGUCAUGAAUUUGGAGCAGCAGAGUGAAUGCAAGGAGGGGAGUGGUCAAGCUAAGUCUAUGAAGGAAGCUGUGGACUUGAAUAGAAAGAGUACAGAGGGGAAUGUAUUCAAUCUUGAGGCUAAGAUGGCGGAAGCUGAUGUACAAGAGUCAAAAGUUGAAGUGGUUGGGGACAAUGCAGGGGCUGAACUUAAUGCCAUUUUUGUCACUCAGAAUUUGGCUCAGAACUUGAAAAGUAAAGGUAAGAAUGUGGUUGUUUCAACUGCACAUGUGACUGAUGCUCCGUGGACAGAAACAGAACUAAGUGCCCCUUCUUUUGGGGGUAGGGACGAUGAUAUGGAGGGACCGAGUAUUCGGGGAUUUGAGCUGUUCAGUAACUCUCCUAUUAGGAGAGUGGAGAAAGAGGAGCACUCUGGUGCUAGCAAACAGAAAGAUGAAAGGCUCGUUUUAGAGCCACUCGAUCUCUCUCUCAGCUUACCCAAUGUACUGUUACCAAUUGGAGCUUCCAAAGAUACUACACAAGCCCCUUGCUCUCCUAGCCAGACAAGAAGUUUUCAGUCUUUCAGCACAUUCCGGACAAACUCUGAUGGAUUUACUGCAUCAAUGUCUUGUUCUGGAUCACAGUCGUUUUUUCACAACCCAAGCUGUUCACUAACUCAUAAUUCAUUGGAUCUCGACAAUUAUGAACAAUCUGUUCACAGCCGUCCCCUAUUUCAGGGAAUUGAUUGGCAGGCCCAGAAUCAAAAUGAUUCAAAGAACAAGGAGAGUUCGUUGUACCAGAAAAUUUUGAUCAAUGGUAAUGGAUCUCUACAUCAGAGUGUGCCGAAUGGUCAAGCAGUGAAUGGAAGCUUUAAAACGUCAGAUGGAAAUGGUCUUGGACGACAGAUGAGUUUGCAUAAGCAGUUAUCUGGGGUCUCGGCAAGGAACUAUGAUGACACUAGAUCCCAGUCCCAGAGCCUCGCUUCUCAAGAUAUGGCCCCUACCUAUAGCUAUGACAAGAAGCAAGCUGCAAGGGGAAAGCAUUCCAGUAGCAUGUACAGGAGUAAUAGUCAGAAAGAAGAACGUUUUUUGAUAGGUGGUGCUGAUUUUGUGGAGACUGUCAUCAGCAGGAUAGUGUCUGAUCCCAUCCAUGUUAUGGCCAGAAAGUUCCAUGAAAUGACAGCACAGUCUGCAUCUUGUUUGAAGGAGAGCAUCUGUGAGAUCAUGCUUAAUGCUGAUAGGCAGGGCCAGUUAUGUGCAUUUCAGUCCGCUCUCCACAACAGAUCAGACUUGACAUUGGAUACCCUAUUAAAGUGCCAUAAGGCACAGCUGGAGAUCCUGGUUGCUUUGAAAACUGGACAUGUGGAAUAUCUUAAAGUGGACAAUGGUGUUGUUUCAUCGUCUGAUUUGGCCGAGGUUUUCUUGAACCUAAGAUGCCGAAAUAUCACCUGUAGGAGUCCUUUACCUGUAGACGAGUGUGACUGCAAAAUUUGUUCAAAGAAGAAUGGGUUUUGCAGCACUUGCAUGUGUCUGGUAUGCUUAAAGUUUGACAUGGCAUCAAAUACUUGUAGCUGGGUUGGUUGUGAUGUUUGUCUUCAUUGGUGUCAUGCUGACUGUGCAUUGCGUGAGUCUUACAUUAGAAAUGGAAGGAGCCCUACAAUUGGGGAAGUUCGAGGGGAGACUACCGAGAUGCAGUUCCACUGUGUUGCUUGUGAUCAUCCAUCCGAGAUGUUUGGUUUCGUGAAGGAGGUAUUUCAGAACUUUGCCAAAGAAUGGACUGCAGAAACAUUGUGCAAGGAGCUCGAGUAUGUGAAAAGAAUUUUUAGUGGUAGCAAGGAUGUGAGAGGGAGACGGCUCCAUGAGAUUGCCGAUCAGAUGCUGGCAAAAAUGGCAAACAAGGCUAACCUUCGACAAGUUCAUAGCUAUAUCACAGCCUUCCUAAAUGAUGGUGAUUCUUCCAAGUUCACAAGUGCUGCUGUUUAUACAACUACUAGUAAGGAACAAGGGAGUGGAAGUAGUAGUGCUGGGCCUAAUCAGGAUGGACAUUGGCGAAAGUCAACUUUGGAGAAUGGUCCUAAACUGGAGAGAUCCUCUAGUCUUCUGCUUCCUACUACUUUUCCUGCUGAUUUGAAUGAUAAACGCCCACUUGAGACUUCCGAGUUGCGAAGAAGUAGUAGCUUGAAAGAGCCAGGUUUUGAUGAGCUGGAAGGCAUAGUGAGAAUAAAACAAGCAGAAGCACAAAUGUUCCAAGCUAGAGCAGAUGAUGCAAGAAGAGAAGCUGACGGCUUGAGACGGAUCGCUACUGCAAAGAAUGAAAAGAUUGAAGGGGAGUAUGCAAGCAGGAUUGCCAAACUGCGGGUCAUUGAGACUGAAGAAUUGCGCAAGCAGAAGCUCCAGGAAUUCCAGACGCUAGAAAGGUCCCACAGGGAGUAUUUUGGCAUGAAGAUGAGGAUGGAAGCGGAUAUCAAGGACCUACUGUUGAAAAUGGAAGCUACCAAACGGAAUCUUGCCAUGUGAUGAAUGAAGCAGCAGAGUGUUUGCGGCCAAGGUUUGCAGUAUCAAUGAUCACAGGAAAAAAGAGAAGGAAGGCAGAACUGUUUAGAGAUGGAUGAACUUGGCUUGUUGGAAUUGUGUAGCAUGCUGACGCCAAGUGGCUGUAGUAGCUUAGCUUUAAUUUGAAGAUGUAGCAGGUAUGUUUGGUCUUUUCCAAUUCACUAGUCUUUCUUGCUUUUCCUUCCGCCCUCCUGCUAACUGUAACCUGUACAGAAUCUGCAAUUUAUCUUUUCUCGCUAUGUUGAUUAGCAGUGAAUGAAUCGGAUGAAAGCAGUUCGUUUGAAAGGGCAACAAGUGAAACAAACAUAGAAACAACCUUUUCCAGCUCUUUUGCUUCCAUUUUAUUCAAGUUCAAUGUGAUUUCUCAAUAGGUGCUUCUUCUCAUCUUCAGCUUUUCCAGAAACCUCAUUUUGCAUGUUUUGGUUGCCUAUAGUCUGCGAUUGAUUGAUCCAGUGAAUGUCAUCCUAUGUUUUGGUUACCUUC